AUGGAACUGUCAGAAAUCAAUUGCCCGCCGCCGCCACCAGCCCAGGCCCGUGCCCGGAGCACCGCGCUCUCCCGAUGCCCGGGAGCGCCGGGGGGCGCUGACCACCACCGAGGUCUGCGGGCACCACGCACCCGGGGUCGCCGCAUAGCCCCGGUGAGGCCGAUCCGCCCUCCGCAGCCACCGCCGCAGCAGCAGCAGCGCGGCUCAAGGUCUACCCGUGAAGGACACGAGAGGCCGGCUCCGGACGCUUUCAGUACUCCUUCAGACGUGCCCCGCCGCGCCUCGCGGAGCGCGCCCGUGCCCCCCGCCACUCCCGCCUUCAGAAACAGCCCCGACCCCGCCGAGCCCUGCGGAGCCAAGGCCUCUGUCCCCGAGGCCUGCGACUGCGGUGGCCGACCGCCCCUGGGCCCGGAGCCCCCCGUCCGCCGGCACCAGCAGGGGCACAGAGGGGCCGAACCGAGCCGAGGUUCCCGAGGCCGCGGCAAGCGGUGGCAGGGCAGCGAGGCCCGAGUUCACCCCCUCCCGACCAGCCGCAGCCUCCACCACCGCGUGGACCCCUCCGCCGGCUCCCGCAGCCGGCACUUACCGCCGAGCCGGCACUUCAACUCCCGCGCGCCCAGCCGUCUGUUGCCCCCUCCGCCUCGCACAUGGUACACCCUCUCCCGCGCGGCAUGCUGGGAAAUGUGGUCUCCGGCCACGGCCGCUGGGACGGCGGGGGCGCGGUGGGACUGCGAGGAGCGUCCCCUGGGUGAGCCCACAGGGAAGCGGCACCGGGGGGGACAGCCACAGCCAGGCGACGCUGCGCACCGGCGACCCCUUACAGGGCUGCGCGGGCCCCAGCUCCUAACGGGACGGAAGGAGGUGUAG